AUGACGUACGAGAUCGAAACCCGCCACUACGCCCACGAGGACUGCCCCGGUCACGCUGACUGUGUCAAGAACAUGAUCACCGGCGCAGCCCAAAUGGACGGCGCCAUCCUCGUCGUCUCCAGCGCCGACGGCCCCAUGCCCCAGACCAAAGAGCACGUGUUGCUGGCCAAACAAGUCGGCGCGCCCAAUGUGGUCGUUUUCCUGAACAAGCAGGAUCAGGUGGACGACGAGGAGCUGCUUGAGCUGGUGGAAUUGGAGGUCCGGGAGCUCCUGUCGUCGUACGAGUUUCCGGGAGAAAAUGUGCCGGUGGUUUCCGGCUCGGCAAUGCUGGCUCUGGAGGCGUUAAUGGCUAACCCGAAAAUCAAGAGAGGGGAGAACGAGUGGGCGGACAAGAUUUAUGCUUUGAUGGAUGCUGUGGAUAGUUACAUUCCAAUUCCACAACGGCAAGUUGAUCUGCCGUUCCUGUUGGCGGUUGAGGAUGUGUUUUCAAUCACGGGCCGGGGCACGGUGGUGACGGGAAGGGUGGAGAGGGGUAAAGUGAAGGUUGGGGACAGUGUGGACAUAGUGGGAUUGAGAGAGACUAGGAGCACAACGGUGACAGGGGUGGAGAUGUUUCAGAAAACACUCGAUGAGGCAAUGGCCGGUGACAAUGUGGGGCUUCUGCUGAGGGGAAUUCAGAAGGGGGAUAUCUAGAGAGGGAUGGAGGUGUCGAAGCCGAGCAACAUUAAGCCUCACACGAAGUUUGAGGCGAUUGUGUAUGUGUUGAAGAAGGAGGAGGGCGGGAGGCAUUCCCCAUUCCUUGCAGGAUACAGGCCACAGUUUUACAUGAGGACGACGGAUGUGACAGGGAAGGUGACUGGAGUUAAGAAUGACAAGGAUGAGGAGUCGAAGAUGGUGAUGCCGGUAGACCGGGUGAAGAUGGUGGUGGAGCUUAUAAUGCCGGUGGCUUGCGAGCAAGGAAUGAGGUUUGCUAUCAGGGAAGGCGGCAAGACUGUUGGAGCUAGUGUUAUCCAGUCCAAUAUCGAGUGAGUUGAUAGCGAAAUUGUUAGUUAGGAUAAUCUUUGUUUAUCUACAUAUGAUUGGAACUAUAGACAACUUACUAAUUACUUGUGGUGAUCAUGGUUUUGUUGAUAGCUCGAUCUCAUUCAUUGUGGUUUUCGCCUUCGGUUUUUUCAUUUGAAGUCAAUACAUAUGUUUGAAUUAGGGUUUGGUCGAUCAACAUUUUGUGUGUUAUGGAAAGGUCAGUGAGUGUUAGAAUUGUUGUUGCCUUGGAGUUAGUCGGUAUUGACCUAAGUUGAUAUCAGGGGCGAAAGAUAAACGGAUGUGCUUUUAAUGUUCGAUUCUCAACUCUUGAUAUCAAUCCAAGGGUGAGCGAAAAAGGAUUUUGGAAGGAGUUUAUACUUUUUGUUAGUGUCUGAAGCAGAGGAAUGCCUGCUGGCAUGUGAAGUUUGUGUUGUGUUCUGAGUUUGGCUCUUUGUUGAGUGGGAAGUGGAAGAGGAACUGAGAUGGAUCCGAAUGCGAUCGAUUGAAAGUGAA